AUGUUUGUGGCUGUGCUCCUGCUCCUGGUCACUCUUUGUGCCCACAGAGGGCACAGCGAGGAGGCGGAGGAGGCGCAGAGACCCGGUCAUGUUUCUGUCAUCAUCGUGGGAGCCACGGGCGACCUGGCAAAGAAGUACCUGUGGCAGGGCUUCUUCCAGCUCUACGUCAACCAGGUCAGCAGUGGAAACAGCUUCUCCUUCCACGGCGGAGGCCUGUCGCCGGCUGACAAGGCCACGCCGGUGCUGUUCGAGGCUCUGAAGGCGGUGUCCUGCUCCCAGGACGUGUCCCCGGAGCGCUGUGCUCUGCUGAAGGAGCAGUUCCUGCGGCUCUCGCAGUACCGGCAGCUGAAGACCUUGGAGGACUACCAGGCGCUGGCCAAGCACAUCGAGCAGCAGCUCCAGGAGGAGGGCAUGACGGAGGCGGGGAGGCUCUUCUAUCUGUCGGUGCCGGCGUUCGCGUAUGCAGACAUCGCCGAGAAGAUCAACGGCAGCUGCAGGCCGAGCAGCGGGGCCUGGCUGAGGGUGGUGCUGGAGAAGCCGUUUGGCCACGACUUCAGGAGCGCUCAGGUGUUGGCGUCUCAGCUCGGGAGCUCGCUGAAGGAUGAAGAGAUGUACAGGAUCGACCACUACCUGGGCAAACAGGUGGUGUCCAAGAUUCUUCCAUUCAGGAUAGAGAACAGACAGUUUCUUGAUCCCAUCUGGAACAAGCACUCCAUCGAGAGGAUCGAGAUCGUAGUGAAGGAGACUCUGGAUGUGAAAGGCCGGAUUCCCUUCUACGACCAGUACGGGGUGAUCCGAGACGUGCUGCAGAACCACCUGACGGAGGUCAUGACGCUGCUGACCGCCAAGCUCCCAAAGAAUGUGAGCAGCACCGAGGAGGUUCUCCAGAACAAGCUGCAGAUCUUCAGCUCCCUGCUGCCUCUAGGAAAGAAUCAGGCUGUGAUCGGACAGUACCAGGCGUACAAAUCGGAGGUCCAGCAGGAGCUCAACAAGACGAAAGACCACAUCAGCCUCACGCCGACGUUUGCAGCUGUGUUGGCGCACAUCGACGAGACGCAGUACGAAGGCGUCCCGAUUCUUCUGAUCUCAGGGAAGAUGCUGGAUGAGCGGGUGGGAUACGCCCGCAUCCUGUUUAAGAACGACAUGUUUUGUCUUCAGAAACACAACAGCGUUCACUGCAAACCCAAACAGAUCGUCUUCUACUUCGGCCACGGGGACCUUCAGUAUCCAGCGAUCCUCGUCAGCAAGAACCUGUUCAAGCCGGCUCUGAUCGACGGCGACUGGAAGGAAGUGACGGAGCACAAAGACGUCAGCGUUCUCGGUUUGUCCAUUUCAGACUACUAUGUUCAGACUCCCACCGAGCAGAGGGAGGCGUACGCAGAGCUCAUCUCUCACAUCUUUGCUGGACGUAAGAAUAGCUUCAUCAGCAGUGAGAACCUGCUGGCCUCCUGGAGCUUGUGGACGCCGCUGCUCAGCAGCUUAGCCAGCUCUUUUCCUCGCAUCUACCCCGGCGGCGCCGACAACGGAGCCCUGCUGGACGUCCGUCUGAAGGGGAACGACAUCAGCUACAGCAGCGAGGUGCUGAUCAUCAGCCCCGAGCAGAUGGGGGGCGCAGCAGCAAACAACUUCCAGGUGAUGCAGGGCAAGUUUCGCAGCGCGGACAUGGUGUCUGCCUGGGCCGAGGGGCUCGUGGAGAGGCUGGCUGAGGACUUGCAGGAGGCGGCGGAGGCGGCGGUGCGGGAGGCCGGUGUUUUCCAUCUGGCCCUCUCCGGCGGCUCCACUCCUCUGGCUCUGUUCCACCGGCUGGUCCUGCACCACUUCUCCUUCCCCUGGAGGAACACCCACGUGUGGAUGGUGGACGAGCGCUGCGUGCCGCUCACCGAACCCGAGUCCAACUUCCGCAGCGUGUACGACCACCUCCUGCAGCACGUCAGGAUCCCCUACUACAACAUCCACCCCAUGCCGGUGCAGCUCAACCAGCGCCUGUGCGUGGAGGAGGACCGGGGGGCGCUGCAGUACGAGAAGGAGCUCAGCAAAUGGGUCAACGGCUCCAGCUUCCACUUUGUUCUGCUGGGCGUCGGCUACGACGGCCACACUGCCUCUCUGUUCCCUGGAAGCAAAGCAAGCGAGCACGGGGAGAGUCUGGUGACCCUCACCGAGAGCCCCGUCAAGCCUCACCAGCGCAUGAGCCUCACCUUCAGCGCCAUCAACCGGGCUCACAGGGUGGCGCUGUUGGUGAUGGGCAAAGGGAAGCACGAGCUGAUCCAACAGCUGAGCCGAGUGAAGGACAACUCAGACAAAUACCCCGUCCUGGCCGUGAAGCCGGAUCAGGGAACACUCGUCUGGUACAUAGACUACGAUGCACUCUUAGGUUAGGGAUCAACAAACCACACCAACGUCUGUGGAGCUGCUGUAGUCGGUGCUGGAUGUACGAGCCGGCACAUGAAGGAUCUGUGAUUUUACACGCUUUAGCUCGUUAACUACAAACACACAUGUACUGAACAUGCUGUCAUACGGCUUCUGAUUCGUUCUCUACCAGCAGAUCAUCUGAGUUCAGACUGAAGGAGCUGCUCAACAGAAGAUUAUGAAAAGAUGGUGAACAAAAAAAAAAUACGGCGAGGAUGCUGAGUAUCUGCGAUUUGUAGUUAAUAAGUGGAAAACACUGCUGAUAUGGUCUUUUUUUAUCUAAAAGAUUGAGCCUAAUUUAACUUUUUUUAGGGUGUGUGUGAGAAAUGCAGAUGCAGACCUUUUGUAAUGAGUCCAAUGAGCUGAGUGGUAAUAUAGACGACUGUAUGAAGUGUACACGUCUGCAGUUUACAGCAGAAUAUACGACAAAUCUGAUGCUGAGACUCACUUCAACACAGAGAUUGAUUUUCUUUUUUCCUAGAAGUGUGUUUGUGUGAAUACGAUCAGAUCUCAGGUGAAUCUUCAGACGAGCAGCUUACUGUGUAAUCUGCAUUUCUUGAUUGUAUAUUUUCUAUCAUUGAGCCUCAACAAGCCUCCGGACAUGAGCUGGAUAAAAGAAAGACUAGAAAAGGAGGUCAUCCCACAAAAAAUCUCGUUUAUUCAUCAAUAAAAUAAAUAAAGUCAUUUAUAACGAG